UGGGUCGGAGAGUAGUUCCCAGCAGACGGACGCCAUCUUGGUUCCAAUCGUAAACAGUUUCAAGUGCGUGUAUGUGCGGUUUACCGUUUAUAUCGUGGAAACUUUGAGUUAUUGAGGUUAUUGAGGUACGUGUGUCAGUCCAACAUUGUGCUAAUGUGUCGCGCAUACAUGUUACCGAUCUCUGUGCUCUCUGUGCUGGGGUAUUAGCGUUCUGCGGUUCUCUUUGUCUCGUGGUCGCAGAUAAAAAUAAUAUAUGCCCUAAUUUAUAGGAAAGUUAUACUAAAAAUAACAAAUAAAUUGUUUUAAUCGUUCAUUACGAGUAAGCAUUAUGUUUACGUUUAGCGUGUAGUUCAUUUAAAAGGAGGUUAAUUUGUACUUUCAUUGGUGAUUAUGGGAUUUUCAUUCAUAAUCUUAUCAGUGAAAUAGCAAAUUACGUAAAUAUAAAACUAGGUUUUCUAGUUCGAAUGUUAGACUAAACAAUAAACAAAACUGUAUGUUAUGAUUAUUUUGUUUUCGUAAUGCAAUCUUUAAAUAAUUACCUGUACAGAUAUUAUGAAGGAAUAAAUACUCGUACAGUUGACGUGUAGCAUAAUGUGAUUUAUGAAGAUAUUAUAACUUAACAUUACUUUACUAUACUGAAAUUGAAUGUUGAGUUUAGCUCCAUUUCACUUUUCGUCUAAAAUCUGACAGUGUCACUUCAGUAAUAACCCCUUUUCACCAUAGCUGUUGUAUUUGAACAUAUAUUACUUAGAAUUAUAAUUUUUAAAGUGAUUAAAUAUUUUAUUUCAAUGCAUAUUGAAGGAAACACUAGGACAUAAAAUAUAAAACAAAUAAUUUCCAGUUGAAACUUUAUGAUUUACACUAAACUUUCAUUAAACUGUAUUUAAAUUAGUACAGAGGUAGGUCUUAGCCUGCUAUUUAAAACUAAAUCAUUAAACAAACCAAUAAUCGGUCAACAAAUAAAAUAAAGUUGAUUGCAUCUCCCCAAAUUUAGAAAUUCUGGUGAGGAAAGCAAACCGGAGUAGUAAUAGUGUUAGUCUUUGUGGUGGUGGGGGGAGGGGGGAACGAAAAGUGAACUGUUGUGAAAGAUUCUAGGAGAGUGAAUAGCCUUGAGGUGGACUGAACCAAUGUUUGAUAACACCCCAACAAGAACUAACAUGCUCCUGGUGUUAAUGUGCGUGAUGAUGAAGAUCCUGGAGUAUUCCUCAGGGACCCUGGUGGAUGUCCAGGUGCCCCGCCAGGAGGUCGGCAAGCCCAGGAAACGGAGGAAGAGGAGACAGAAAAAAGGAGUGGCCGGACAGCCGCGAGGCAUGACUACGGCUGGAGAAGAAAAACUGGGCCAUGGUAUGCUGCACAGCCCAGAGUCCGACUGCAAUUCCAACAACCUCGACUCGACCGCCAGCUACCUGAGCAAUACUUCAUCGCAGGACGUUGACUUUAUACAAGAUAAUUCAGACUACCAGUGGUUCCUCGACUACGGGUACCGAGAGACACAACAUCGCAGCAUCCUCUCCCUGUCAGCCAGCUACGAGGAGGGUUGCUACGAUGACCUUGCCCGUGACCUUGACACUCAGCUCGCCCAAGUGGACAUGGAGGACUUUCGUGCAGAGGACAUCUUGCCUGCCAUGUGUUGUCAGGAUCUGCAGCCCGAUCGGAGAGGGGAGAUGUUUGCUAGUGUGUCUGGCUCUAUGAUGGUCAAAUUUGACCUAGACUGUUCCUUUAGCCCCCAUUCCAGCUCUCAGGAGGAGGAGGAGGAGGAGGGGCAGUGCGAGUCGAUGUGCAAGUCCGGCCCGCUGUUCUCCCCAGUGAGGGAGAGCCCGCUGUGCCUGGCGGGGCCCAACUACAGCGUAGACUCAUUGGACUGUGAGGAGCAGGACAUCCUGCUGACCUGCCAGGCAAACAAGGACAACUACACGAUAGCCUUCGAAGGCAGCACCCUCAUGGGCGAGGAAUCUGACUGUCAUGAUACUGGAGAGAGCAAUACAAGUAAUACCAGCGGUACCUGGUCAAGUGAGGAGACGAGAAGGUCGGUGGUGCCGGGCCACAUGGCCAGCUCUGAUGCUCCCAGGACCACGUGGUGCAAAGUCGUCACGCGGCGCAACCACCACCACAACUGCAUGCGCCAUUCCAGUGCCAGUUUGCCCAAUCUCACCCGUGGCAGGCAGCAACUCAACCAGUCUGUCAUGGAACACAGGAGCAAACCUAUGAGUGGCUGUGUGAAACUGUACGAUGUGACUCAUUCCUCGUCAGUGUCCGGAUCAGACAGCAGCCUCUCCUCGGAUAGGCAACACUCCCGCCUCAGUUUGGUCCGGUUGUUCAUCAAACAGCGAGGCUGCACGAUGACUCACUCAGACUACGCUGCUACACAGCGGACACAUUUCCGCUCCUCAGAACUUUGUGAUAACAGACCCAACAAGAAUCUGAUGACGUCGGAUCGCAAUCAGAAUCAACUGUCCGAGUGGAUGAACAAUGCACGGACAGAAACAGCUACCACUAACGACAGAGGAGAUCAGAGCUUCGCCGACAGUCUCAUCGACGAGACCGGUGAAUCCGAGUCGGUGGAACGGCUCAGUGAGUCUGUCUCUGUGUGUAGCUGCGAAGCAAGUCUCAAUACAUCCCGCCAACUCAUCGGCAACAAUAACAACAGCCUGGAGAGAGACGAUAUCAGGUCUCCAAUAUCUCAAGUGGGGCGAGGCACCCAGACUCGGACUAGCCUGGCUUCCAGCUCUAGCAGUGACCCGACAGAUGUUACUCGAGUUGCCGGAUCCGGCCAAGUACGUCAUCACUCCGCCACCCAGUGCCCUCUACACUGCGUAGAUGCCAGCAUGCAGACCUCUGCCUCCAUCAGCAAGCCUCCUCUGCCUGAUAAGAGCUCGAGUCAGGUGAAGCCACCAGUGUACGUGAUGUAUCCCAAUUACACCCUGCCGGACUUAGACUUCCUACGGGAUGACAAGCUGGACUUGGAGCAGGUGUUCUUGGCUCCUAUGCGGUUCUCUCCGGGCUGGUCCCCUCUGCCCUCACCUUCAUUGCCCCCCACCAGCCCCAUCCCUGUCCCCACCGGCGGGCGGCAGCGCCCCCACUCCUGUGCCGACAUCGAUCAUCUCCGCAAGAAAGGUUUUAGUCACAUUAGAGACUGGGAAAGCCUGGCUGUACUGUUACCACCGGAGUAUUGCGCUCUAUUGUCCGACAUCCCGGAGUUGAAGGAGUACAAGGACCUCUGCGUCCAACCCAAGCCUCUCUUCUGUGUUUCUCCACCAAUGGCAAAGACAAACCCUACCCAGUUCUCUCCAUUCCCAGAUGCUCGUACCACAGUGAACACUUCAUCUUCGUCUAGCACGGGAACCCAGCCAUCAUCCGGCUAUCGGGGCUCAUCCACGCUGCUGUCUGACAGUAGUGCCAACCCGAGCCCUGCUCCACACACGGCCCAGAAUCCCCUGUUCGUCUACAAGUACGACAGCAUCAGCUCCGAGUCAGGAUACUCAGGCCCUCCGUUACCAAAGAGAUCAAUCUCGCUUCCAGAGGACAAGAACAUUCCUCCACCCCCCAGGCCUCCGCUGCCGAGAGGAAUUUUACGCAACUCUCUAGAAAAUGCAAAACUUCACAAAAAUCAAGCAAAUAAGAAAAGGCACAGCAUGUUCGACAUGGAGACUGCAAAUGUUGAUGACCCCGAGUUGGUGGAUGUGGAGAAGAAAGCCAAAGCUAAGGCUGUGGCGAGUCAGCUGUCAGGCUCGGUAGAGGGACUCGGUGGCGAGAUGUGGAGGCCGCCCACCCCUCCUACCACCCAUGCCCUGAGACUGCAGCAACUGCUGGAGAUGAGUGGGGACCAGUGGGACCCCAAGGAUAUGGACAUCUUGAGACAACAGGUCAGCAGGUUUCUAACACAAGGCCGGAAGAGUGUCAGUUUUGCUGAUAACGGAGAGGACUCAGCGAUGACUCCACCGAACUCCCCUCAGUCGUCAGUCACUCACAAACCCUCAUAUCAGGUGAAGACAGGACCUACACUAAAUGAGACAACAAUCACAGAGGAUAUGGAAGCCAGCUUCAGCCAGGAGAGGCUCAGGCACUCAGCUAAAACCGAACUGGUGGACGUGGUGUCAGCGGCAGCCACCAAACUGAUCUCACAAGUGUCGGGACCCACCGAGCUGGUGUCCAGUGUAGCACUCAGUGCGCUCUGCCCGGCACUCUACUCUCUGCUGAGUGACGGGCUCAAGCCCAGCCUGGACACCCCCUUUGGUGACAUCAACAACUCGGUCUGGCAAGUGGUAGAAGCAUCGGCACAGCAAGGUCCAAUGACAAAGGCUCUAAAUGAACUGGUUCUCAAGCUGAACAGUGAAGAUGUCCUGACAGAAGGAGUCGUUAAGUUCAAUGCUUUCAUCUUCGGUUUACUCAAUGUUCAAGGGCUGGACGUGUGGUUGAGCUAUCUGCGCACGAGGGAGAGUGUGCUGCGACGGCACUACACUCCCGAUGCACUCAUGCUGUGUGCGUGCCGUGGGCAGACAAACGCACGUGCGCUCAGUGAUAAGCUGUUGGCUUCGCUAAGGCCCCUGGGACAGCUCACUUUCAAACUGGACCUGCUCUACGAGACGAGGUUGCUUCACCAAAGUCUCUUGCAACUUAGUAGGCUACCAUCAUCACCGAGCCACAGUGCUAGCAGUAGUAGCAGCAAAGGAUCAUGGACUCUGAGGCGGCUGAUGGAGUCUCCUCCCCCACCCUUGCCCAGUGGUACGGACCAGUGCCGACCCCGCUCCUGCGUGGAUUCUGUCACAGGCACUGCCGACCUGGCUGCUACUGCCAGGAAACGCUGGAGUGGUGUCAACAUUGGAGGCAAGCUCUCACAGGCCUUCGACAGGCUGGGAGACGAUACUGAAGAGGAGUACACAGACAGUUUGGAGACUGGAGUGGGAAAAAACAACAGUGCUGGAGAGGAAACAAGUGAAGGCAGUGGAAAAUUCCGCAGGCUGCAAAUGAAAUGGGAAAUGCUGUCCGGCAAAGAGAGCUCCAGCCAGGAACCAUCUCCCAACUCCUCUCCUGUCAAAUCCAGCAGCUCGAGUGUGUCCACGGCACCCAAGUCACGUAUUCCGAGGCCGGUGACAUCCCCGGUGAGGCCGACCAACCACCCAGCGCCACCCCAGACCACAAGGCCACCCAUCAAAAAACCACUUACCGCCGCCAGUCAGCUUCGCAGGCCUGCUGUACUUCCUGCCAGGCCCCGACCUCUAGAUGGCCCUGUAAAGGCCCGCACCUCACGUGUGGACGCCCCCGCCAAAACUGGUCCUCUUCCACGGCCAAGCUCGCUGCCCUACAGGCCACAGCGAGCUCCAGACAACCAUCGUCGAGCUGCGAGUUCAUCCACCGUCCGGCUCCAGUCCCAUCAGACCAGUCCCCCCAACAAGUUUGUGGUGACGCUGAGCCACCGCCUGCCUGCGGACAGCGGCCACCUGGCGUACAAUGAGGGCGAGCGCCUGCGGCUCGUGCUGGAAGUGGACGACACCUGGCUACUCUGCUGUCGCGGUGACGCCAAGGGCCUGGUGCCCCGGUCGGGAGUGAUCCCCCUUCCUGCCAGGAUAUAGGCGUGGACAGCCCAAGCUUCCUCGGUGUAUAUAGUGUAAUCAGUAUUAGUUUUCUUUUAUUUUAGUGUACCACUCCUUUAAUGAAUUGAGUACAAAUUAAUUUUUAAUUUUAAUGAAUUUUGAGGCUGUAAGGUCAUAGGAGGGGGUAUUCACAGGGUGGAAAGCGUUUAAUUUUAAAGUGAGUUUUUUUAAUACUAAUACAGAAUAUUUUAAUAUUCAACUUCUCCUCAUAAGGAAAUCAAAGCUACGUUUAUUCACACAGUAGGCUAAAAAGUGUGUUGUAAAAAAUAUUUAUAUAUAUUAAAGUGGACUGGAAAUUUCAGUUUUACUAUGUUGUGUCAAUUAAUUGCUUGCAUGUCUUUGAGAAAGAUUACAGUCAAAAUGAAUACCAUCUGUUGUGACCAUAGUUAAGUUUGAGUUUUAAUCAGUACAGAAUUAAUGUUAUUCAUAGUUUUAUGAAUUGCACAAAGAAGAAGCUUGGGCAUACCAAAGUAUCAAGUCUGAAAUGUCCUGUACUUAACCAAAGAGUGUAUUGUAUGAGUGUACGCGUACCAUUUGUACGCUAUUUUGUAUGUUUCAACCUUUCACUAGUCACUUCACUUAACCUUGUUACCGCUUCUCUAGUUACUUGUAUGGUUAUUUUUGUAAAUAUGAACUUUCAUUAGCUUUAAUAUCUUGCUUGCGGGUCGGUGGGUAUUCAGUUUUACGAUGUUUCACAUUUAUUGUUAAUAGGUUGGUGACUGUUUUAUCCAAGCUAAUCUGCAUGUAGCUUUCUCUUAUAAUUAUAUUUUGAUCAGUUACCAGAACUAUACCAUAGUAUAAAUGUGUAUUUUUGUAUUGACUUUUAUAGCUUUGCUGGUAAUAAGAUAGGCUUACUUGUGAAUGGGAGGAUUCAAUUUUUAUGUUAAUCCCAUCUCCCUUAUGCAAUAUAGACAUUUUCUUGUGAUAUUUUAUUGAACUUAUAUUUUCCCCACAGAGGGAGGUUACAUAGAACAUUCUGAAAUUAUAUAUGAAGUUCAACAAAUUUUUUGCAGCGACAGUGAGUGUAAUUAUUUAAAUUUUCAUCUGCUACGGUUGGUACCAAUUUUUAUGCUUCAUUUUACAAAUAAAACAAAAUAAAUCAAUUUUAACUGUAAUUUUCCAGUUUAAAAAUAACAAAUUGCCAUAUCCUGGAUAAAAAUUUAAUCGACAUUUUUUGAAACUGUUGAAUUGUCAAAGUUUGAGAAAUAAUACACACGAGGUUAAAAUUAAUAAUUAUUUUGUUCAUCUGGUUUUCUUGUUUUUGUUGAAAUUUUAAAGAAAGACUGUUUUAGUGAUUAUAAAUAAUAGUAUUCAUGAGAAAAGAAAAUGAUCUGAACCAACUUUAUUGAAAAAUUGAAGAAAACUGUAAUUAAAUAAAACAUACAUUAAAAAGUUGACAGAAAAUAGUUAUGACACAGUCCCAAAGUCACAUGCCACUACACCACCAUGUAGUUCCAAUGUGUUGUUAUGCCUGGGCAUGCAUAGCCAGGUAUACCCGCCGAUACUCGUGUUUGAUGCUUGCUCCUUUACUUCCUUUACCAGACCGUUUUCUUUCCUUUUAAAAUUGAAACUUCCUACCCUUAUUUCUUGUCCUGAGUCAAUAUUUAGCUUUUUAGCUCGCUUUCUUUUUUGUGUUUGUACUGUCUCUCUCUAACUUAAUUUUAAGUUAAUCGAUUAAUUAGCUUUACACUAGUAUUGUGAUAUAUUUAUUUUUACAGUAAGUGGCUUUUCUAUGUCGCCGUGUAAAGAACUGAUAAUCGCUUCUGUUAGUUUAGGUAGGCGAGUCGAAAACGACAAUUCCAUUGAUGUACGAUCCGAACCUCCCAUUGUGAUGUUGCCUCUUUGUAGGUUUUUGUUAGUUUAGGUAAGGGAUGUGUUUACUAUUUAGACAGUUUAGUGUUUUUUACUCAGUUUUAUCAACCAAAUUGGCAACAUUGCAAAAAAAGUCUAGGCCUUCUACCUUGUCCAUAUUAAGUACAUAUAAAGUAAUAUCACUAAGGUAAUUUUAAUAAACCAAAAUUUAGGUUAAACUUAGCUCAUAGUUGUUAGUUAUAGGUGACUUAAUGACCCGUAACUCCCCAAUCUGAAGGCCUAUCAAUGAUUGUAUUUUCAUGACGAAGUGCAGUAAAGUUAUUUAUAAUCAGUUUCUAGAAUUCGUACCUCUAAUAGAAUAGCAAAUUAUUAAAUCGUUCAACAUAUAUUAUAAUACCUUUUAUCUUAGGAACCAUAAUAGGCUUUUCAAAUCAUUUUAGUCUUUCUAAGUGGUUAAUGUAUUUAUUUCAAAUUUGAGGGUAGGUCAUUGUCUUUAUUUUUCAAAUAUUUUAAGGGAGAUUUAAGUAGUACUGUACUGAUCAGUUCCUUAAGUCUACUCUGAUUCUUUAAGAACGGUGGAACGACAAUGCUGAUUCCUUGGUGCCAGUUGGCUAUCAUUCAAUGUUAGGCCUUAGCAUAUGUUACGAUAAUUCACGUCGCAUUGUUUUGCUUCUGUUUGUGCCAAGAACAUCUUGUACUAGUCAUUUACUAAAGUCUGGUCUGGUUCUUUCCAUUAAAAGAAUAGAACCCCAAUUCUAAUUCCUUGGUGACUGUUGGAUAUCAUACAGGAUUAAGACUUAGCCUAUGUUUCAAUAAUUUAUCGCACUGUUUUCUUCCUAUUUGAGGCAAAAACAUUUUGUAAUAAUUCUUUAUUAAGUUGUGGAAGCAACAAUAUGCCUUCAAAUUUAAUAAUUAUUGCUGGGAUAGGUUGUGCCAUCGUGCCAUAAUCGUUUUCGUUUGUGCUGUGUUCUAUCUGCUAAGCACUCCACUUAGUUGUUUGUUAGUGUCAAGUUUUUUUGGCUGUUCUGCUCAUUUGUUGCCAUUUUUUUUUUUUUUAGUGAAUAAGCCAAUAUGAGAUUCAACUUGUUUAAAAGUAAAGGUGAUAUAACUGAACUAGUAUUAGUGAAAUCAUCAUGACCAAAAAAUGUAAUAUCUUCACUAAUACAAUCUUUAAUAAGUUUGUAGCAAAUUAUAGAAUUUGCCCUAAAAAUAUGGUACUAAUAAAUUGAAACCGAAUUAAACCUAUUUUAUAUUAAUUUCCCUGUUUGUUAUAUGUAUAUUCCAUGUUCCUUGUAUAGUGUAAUGUAAACAAUGAUAUUUAAAUUGACAUGGUACACAAUUAAUUAAUUAGUUUAGAAAGAUUUAGAAAGCAAUAGAAAGGAUAGUUUUCCAGUCAUUAAUUUUAUUUUAGCUCAGUUACUUAGUAUAAAUAAUAUAAUGACGUGGUCUUUUACGUUCUUCUUAAGGGCAAAGGAUAUUUUUCCAAUUUCUCAAUUCCUUUACUUGAUUUUUGUGUACUUAUUAUUAAAAAUGUCAAGUGGAGCUUUUAUUACGGAUAUUAACAUUUCACUCAGAUGUAAAAACAAACUGUAUUAUUAGUGGAUACUUAUCUAGAAACUGAUGACAUUUGUUUAGAGUGCACUUUUUCAUGGGAACCGUCAUUGUCCCAUCUCUCCCCCGUAGUUAGGUAGUUUACUUACUUGUUAAGAUUAUGUUUCCAUUAAAAAUCGCUUUAAGAUAAUGUAAUGCCAACAAUGCAAGAAAACAUUGUUCCCUUUUUGGUGUUGUCUUUUGUAAUGUUUGAGCGAGCGAACGACAGCGAAAUCUGACUAGAAUUGAGUAGGUCGAUCCAUUUUGUGGAAUGUUUUGGUCGAGAAUACUCAUCUAAGCUUUGAGUUGAAUCAACAGUUUUGUGUUGUGUAGUCUUAAAGUCAAAUUUUAACAGCAAUAAAUAUUUCUCCCUUUCAGAUGUGAUACAGUAUUUUUAUAAGAUUUGCCGAUUGCUUUGGACAAUACGGAAACUUGAUUGAAGUUAGGAGUAGCAGUCUAAUAAAACGAAACGGUCAGUUGGGUCAUAUUCGGCCAAUCGGUUUGCUCAUUUGCCGGAUCGUGUGUCGGGAGGAAUAUUUCAAAAACAUUCAACUGAUCAGUAACAAUUCACUAGAUGUCAUAGUAGCCUGUUAAAACCUUAGUUUCACCGUAAGAGAAUGUAAGUUUUUAUAUAUGAUAAUCGUGAGAGAGUGCAAGAAAAGUUUUAUAUUUUUUUACCUUAUUCCUAGAUUUUAACCCUUAUCACCGAGGAUGAUUUGUUAGGAAAAUUUAACCACACAUUUUAAUUUCUAAUGUAGUAACUAAAAAUCGAAAAACGAAGGGACUGCGAGCGAGAGUGUGCAUCAGUAUUAGGCUGUAUUAUUGUAUAUAUAACAUUAUAUAAGUACUGAGAUGUAAAUACUGAUUGGAAAACAAGACCAAUUAUUUUUGAUCUGGUUAAUUUCAAUAAGUAGCCGAUGAUAUUUUCUACAAUAAGCUAAUAGCUGUAUCUAAUGUAUAUAUUGUAAUGUAACUACUGUAUUUUGUUGCUUCUCAUGAUUACACUGUCCGUAAGCACUCUGUCUAGUGCCAUAUCGCUAUUAUGUGUCAAUACAAUAAAGUCAUUCUGCUAACUA